AUGUGAAUUAUUAAAAAGAAAAUGGCCCAACGGAGCCCUGUAUUUCCUUCUCUUGUCACCGAGGAAAGGUAUAAUAUAUGGAAAAUAUGCAUCUAAGGCGAGUUAGAACGAUGCCCCGACACAGCCAGUCCCUGACCAUGGCACCCUACUCAUCUGUAAGCCUAGUGGAGCAACUGGAAGACAGGAUCCUCUGCCAUGAGAAAACCACGGCCGCCCUCGUGGAGCAUGCCUUCAGGAUCAAAGACGACAUCGUCAACAGCUUGCAGAAAAUGCAAAACAAAGGGGGAGGCGACCGCUUGGCCAGGCUUUUCUUGGAGGAGCACAUCAGAAACAUAACUGCCAUAGUGAAGCAACUGAAUCGGGAUAUCGAGGUACUCCAGGAGCAGAUCCGCGCCCGGGACAACAUUAGCUAUGGAACAAAUUCUGCCUUAAAGACUCUGGAGUUGCGGCAGCUCUCCGGCCUGGGAGAUCUCCGGGGACGAGUGGCCAGAUGUGACGCCAGCAUAGCCAGACUCUCUGCUGAGCACAAAACGACCUAUGAGGGGCUCCAGCACUUGAACAAAGAGCAACAAGCUGCCAAGCUGAUCUUGGAAACGAAAAUCAAAGAUGCAGAGGGACAGAUUUCUCAGCUUUUGAACAGAGUGGACUUGUCGAUAUCCGAGCAAAGCACCAAACUGAAGAUGUCCCACAGAGAUAGUAACCACCAGCUUCAGCUUUUGGAUACUAAAUUCAAAGGUACAAUUGAGGAACUCAGUAACCAGAUUUUAUCUGCACGGAAUUGGUUGCAACAGGAACAAGAACGGAUGGAAAAAGAACUUUUACAGAAAAUUGAUCAGCUUUCCUUGGUUGUUAAGGAAAACAGUGGAGCCAGUGAAAGAGACGUGGAGAAGAAGCUCAGCCAGAUGUCAGCCAGACUGGACAAAAUAGAAGAGAGUCAAAAGAAGAAUAUGGAGGUACAGAGGACAAAACAAGAAGAGGAGAAGAUGCAUGGGCGAAUCAGCAAGCUUGAGUUACAGAUGACCGAGGACAUGAAGGAAAUGAAAGCAGAAGUUGAUGCGGGGUUUACAGCCAUCUAUGAAAGCAUAGGAUCCCUCAGGCAAGUUCUCGAAGCCAAGAUGAAGCUGGACAAGGACCAGCUACAGAAGCAAAUCCAACAGAUGCAGAAGCCGGACGCUCCAAAGUGAAGGGACUUGGGACAUGGACCUCAAAGGUGGUUUUGCCAGUGGGGCCGGGAACUGGAUACCUCUGUAGCCAGGCUGUACCUGCAUUCAGGAUUGUUCUAUUCAUAGCGUGCAUGUGCCGAGAAAUGUGUUUUCAUGGUUCUAGAUGUUUACCUGGAGUCUUGAAAACACUCUCUUUAAAAGUAUUACAUACAGUUUUUACCACUUUAUUCCACUUCUCUAAAUUCAAUGGAAUAUCCUCCCCUCCCUGGAUUUUGAAAGGCUUUUAUCCCUUUCGUUUUAUGAAUGAGAAAAGACUUAACAAUUUUCCUUCGAUGCUUGAUGCUCUAGCCAAGACUUUACUCUUGAAAAAUGUCGUGGUGAUUUUUUUAAAUUAAGAAGAUAAUGAAUUAUCACAGGAACGUGUUGCUCCUCACCCUAAAUUAAGAGAACGUCCUGAUAGAUUAGAAUUCAACCUUUGAGUCCAUAUUUGGAUUUUAUUAUUGUUGUCUGUGCAUUUCUUAUAUUGGUAUCUUCUUGUAAAUCUUCUGUCUUUUGUAGGGGGAGGGGAUUUAACAUUUGGAAAAAAUCCUACCAUUUAUGCAGUGAAAAGAAUUUAAAAAUUGAUAACUGCCAUAUAGAUUACAAAUUAAAACGGAAACUUAAGACAAUUAUCUAGAUAAUGCAAGGCACAAUUAUCUACAUCAACCACAUAGUUAUACCAGGUUUUAAUAUUGAAAACUUUUUUCAAUUAUCCACCACCUGUAUAGUGAUAGCCAUAUAUUCAAUAAUGGAAUGGUGGUUAAUAACCUGUUUAUUACACAAUUAAUUGUUCAUUAAUCAUAAUGGGAUGUGAAAAUUUUUCAGGCUCUUUGAUCUCCUCUCUCAAUUUUUCCAAAAUUGGCACAGAGUGCUAAGGUUUAUAUACACUUAUUGUAACUAUAUUCUUGUGCCUUGGUUUUAUCACGUCAGUGCACUGUACCCUAUAAAAGUUUUGCGGACAAAAUAGAAGGCACGAUAAUACAUCAGAAUUAUGAUGUAAAAAUGGGAUCCUAUGUAUUUUUUAAAUGCUCUAAAAAUUUUAUCACUGUUAAGAUGUUAAUCAUUCACUAUCAGUAAUGGAAUAGAAAUUCAUACUUUUGUAUGGCCAGAGAAUCAAAUUGAUAUUGCAUUUAUAACAAUGUUAAGAAACGUUCAUUUUGAGCAACUUCGUAGAUGAUGGGUGUUUUAUUUUCAAUCGCUAUAUUUGAUUAGUCAUUGAAAAUUGGCGCCAGUGCUAUUUGUUCACCUAUGUCUGUAAAAGCUAAUAGUGAGACACAUGCCAUUCUAAACUAUGAGGGUGCCCAGGAAAAGGAAAACAGGGAUACUCUGAAAAAUUUUAAAACUUUUUUUUUUG